AUGUUUUAAAUAGGAUAGCUUUGCAGCUGUGUACACUAUAUGAGGUUACUAUAGGCAACCAGUAAAGCGUCUAGGAUUACGUUGAAAUUUAUAAAAAUAUGCACCUAUGUAGAAAUUUUGGGUUUAAAUAAUAAAAUCUACGUUUAGAAUACAUAUAAAUAUUAGUAUUGCUUGGUAUUUAGAACAUGGCAUCACGAAGUGCUGGGACGUUGGUAACAACACAUAAUGCCACCUAUGUUCCACCGUCUAUUAUGCCAGGCUAUCGUGGGUAUGUUCCCAAUCUUAUGUACAAGUAUGGUGACACAUAUGGCAACGCAACGUUAAAGUAUUUCCAAGACUUCCGUUCGGCAACACUGAAUACAAGCAGAUCGCCGUACAGUGCAAAAGGUGGCGAGUUCCCUACUAUAUACACGUAUGACCCGUCGUUAGUGCUUGGUAACCGGGCAAGGACAAGAGAAAAAUACCGAACUACACCAACGUGGAGUCGAUUCAAUCUCGAUUAUGACAGAACAAAGGAGUUAGAGGGUUUUGACAAUAUGUCGCAAGCACACCGGAACUCCUACCGAGAUAAAACGGGGACAGUGCCCGGUCAAAACUUCUUUGUCAUUCCUGUGAAGGCAGACAAGAGAUUCGUUGACCUACCCGGAAUUAACAACAAGUACCCAUGGCAGCAACAACACCGAAAUGUCACAUUGCCCGACUCUAUGGCGCCACCGCGCGUCAAGAACCAAAAACACGUUUGCAUGUUUUACCGCGAGGGAACAUCGAAAUUGACUUAUUAAUCCUAUGUAACGAACAUACAUGCUUGCAUUAAUUUGUAUUUAGUUCUUUGGGGUAAACUUGGAUACCGUUAGCACCUAAAUUCCAAAUUUCCUGAUCGUGUUUUAAACAAUUAACAACGCUCUUUAAGAAUCGCGGAGCUACGGUUAUAUAGUUCUACGAAAAUUCUUUGUUUACUCCCGAACAACAAAAAAAAAAUGGAAACAUGUUCGAUUUUACCCCAUCCUACUAUACACAUGCUUUAAUUUGUACAUCACACACUGUGUUGAUUUGUAUGUUAUUUUCCAUUUAGUUUGCACGGUUUUGUGUUGUGUCAUAAUUUUGUGCUGUAUUCGUGUACUGUGUAAUAUGCUUUUCCGCGUUACGUGUUCUAAAAUUCGUUUGGUCUUUGUGCUUUUUAAUUUUAACAUUUUGUUUCAUUUAAGUUUGGCGUGAACAAAUUAUUUUAUCAGUUUGAUGUGUACAUAUUUAUAUUAAUACUAAUCGUGCACGUGCUUUAUUGUAUUUGUGUUUCUUAACGACGGAAUUCUCAACAGCAGUAAGUUACGAACACAUUCGUAAAUAAACGGUACGUUUUAGGGGCUAAUAGUUAAUUUCACAAAAUAUACUUCAAAAUGUCUUUAAAGGUAAAAUACGAAACCGAACUUAAUUGCAACCAGUUUGUAUAUGUACUGAA